CUCAGCUCUCUACUGCACACAAGCACAACAUUCAAAGAUGUGUUUGAAGCUGAAUUUGGUGAACAGAAAGCGAUCCCUGCUGCUGUAAUAACAAGAUGGAAUUCAACACUGAGACAAGUAAAGGCAGUUCUCCAAUGUGAACAUCUAAAACUCUGUGCUGUUCUUGAAAUGGCUGGGCACAAGGAGUUAUUAUUCACAACACAAGAGUGGAACCUGUUGAAGGAGAUGGUGGACAUCUUGAAGCCUUUUGGAGAAGCAACAGAUAUGACACAAGGUGAGAAAAUAGUCAUGAUUAGUGCUGUUGUUCCAUCCGUGCUGUCCCUCAAUCACCACCUUGAGAAACUGAAGCCUCAAGUCCGUCUCCUGAAUGGUCUGGUCAGGAGUCUCCAAGCAUCUUUGAACAAAAGAUUUCUUGGAAUCUUUAUCAGUGUGCGAAUGGCUAGAGCAGAAGAUGGGAUCACUGCCCCCUUUUCACAUCCAGUGUACCUUAAAGCAGCUGCUUUGGAUCCAGCAUUUUCUCUGUUGUGGGUGGAACACCAUGUGUUGGGCAGUUGUGACAUAAAGACAGAGGUGACACAAAAAGUUAAAGAUCUGAUCCUGCAAGAUGCGGCAGAUCCUGCAAAGUCAGAGCAACCUGUGACUCCUGGUGAGGAACACCAAGAGGCCUGUGAAGAUGGAGGACUCUUUGCUGCUUACUGUAAGAGGCAGAAGAAGGAUGUGGGGAAGAGUCCAGCUCAACAGCUAAGUCACUACCUGGAUAUUGCUGAUGGACAGAACGCCCUCUUGUUCUGGGCAAUGAACAUGCAGACUCUUCCUUCUCUGUUUCAUGUGGCCACCAGAGUUGUGGAGCGAGUUUUCAGCUAUGGUGGCAUCAUUCUACGGCCUCAUCGUGCACAAAUGACUGACAGACUUUUGGCCAAUUUGGUCUUUUGCAAAUGCAAUGCAGAAUAGUUAACUGAAAUAACUUAAA